UUCCGGGUCACGCGCCGCCGCCAUUUCCAGGACGUCUGCGGUCCCGGGCGCCCACCAGGCCCCGCGCGCCGGCCCUCAGCCCCGUUGCUAGGCAACCAGAGGGACCCCGGCUCCCGGAGGUCGCCGCCAUGCCCCACAUCGACAACGACGUGAAGCUCGACUUCAAGGACGUCUUGUUGAGGCCCAAGCGCAGCACCCUGAAGUCUCGCAGCGAGGUGAAUCUCACGCGAUCCUUCGUCUUCCGGAACUCGAAGCAGAACUACUCGGGGGUCCCCAUCAUCGCCGCCAACAUGGAUACGGUGGGCACGUUUGAGAUGGCCAAGGAGCUGUGUAAGUUCUCCCUCUUCACCGCAAUCCACAAGCACUACGACCUGCACCAGUGGAAGGAGUUUGCCUCCAAGAACCCCGACUGCCUGGAGCACGUGGCGGCCAGUUCGGGCACGGGCCCCUCCGACUUGGAGCAGCUGGCGCGGAUCCUGGAGGCCCUGCCGGAGGUCCGGUACAUCUGCCUGGACGUCGCCAACGGCUACUCCGAGGACUUCGUCGAGUUCGUGAAGGUCGUGCGGAAGCGCUUCCCCCAGCACACCAUCAUGGCCGGGAACGUGGUGACCGGAGAAAUGGUGGAGGAGCUGAUUCUCUCCGGGGCCGAUAUCAUCAAGGUGGGGAUCGGGCCAGGCUCCGUGUGCACCACGCGGCAGAAAACGGGGGUCGGGUACCCGCAGCUGAGCGCCGUGAUGGAGUGCGCCGACGCCGCCCACGGCCUCAACGGCCACAUCAUCUCCGACGGAGGCUGCAGCUGUCCCGGGGAUGUGGCCAAAGCCUUUGGGGCCGGAGCGGACUUUGUGAUGCUGGGGGGCAUGCUGGCCGGCCACGCCGAGUCAGGCGGCGACCUCAUCAAGCGGGAGGGCAAGCAGUACAAGCUAUUCUACGGCAUGAGCUCGGACCUGGCCAUGAGGAAGUACGCCGGAGGCGUGGCCGACUACAGGGCCUCGGAAGGCAAGACGGUGGAAGUGCCCUUCAAGGGGCCCGUGGAGGGGACGGUGCGGGACCUGCUGGGCGGGAUCCGCUCCACCUGCACCUACGUGGGGGCCGCCAAGCUGAAGGAGCUGAGCCGGCGGACCACCUUCAUCCGCGUCACCCAGCAGCUCAACCCCGUCUUCGGCGCCGAAGGCCGGACCUGACCGCCCGCCCUGAUGGGAUGGGAUGGGAUGGGAUGGGAUGGGAUCCCCCGCCCUCCCGCCUCUGCUUCUCCUUCCUCGUGGCUCCUCCGCCCUUCCCCAG